AUGAUAGAUAUUGCUGCUAUAAAUGCUCUGGUCAUAUGGAAGACGAAAAAUCCUCAAUGGAAUGAAAAUAAAAAAUAUCAACGUCGAUUAUUCCUGGAAGAAUUAGGGUUAAGUUUAGUAUCGGAUCUUCUGGAUUUUCGAUCAAAAACGUCGAAAUUUCUGAAUAAAGAUAUUGAACACGCAUUAGCUAUUGUCGGUUAUCCUAUGGUGAAAAAUCUACCAGAACCAAAUGGAAAUUCUACACAAUCAAAAAAACGAAAACGAUGUUCGAUUUGUGAAGAUCCAAAGGAUAAAAAAACUUCAACUCAAUGUUCUCGUUGUUCCAAAUUUGUUUGUAAUGAACAUUCUGUAAAAAUCAUUUAUUGUGCUAACUGUGCCAAAUAA